UUCUUUUCUCAGAGACCUCUUUACCACCACCACCAACUCCUCCUCCUCCGUCUUUGACUCCUCCACCGUAUACUCCUCCUUUUCUCUCUCUCAAUCUCGGAAGCAGCCAUUUCUUUACUUUCUCGAAUCAUCGAGAUCAAAUCUGUUUUUUCUGAACUACGCCUAAUUUUCUUUCGUUCUCUCUCUCUCCCCUUUUCUGUUCGCUACUUUACUUUUUCAGCUCAGAAUCGAAUCCGAACUUGAAAAGAAAUGGCUGCUUUUUAGUUUAAUUUUCGGUUUCCUUUAUAAGAAAUGUCUGUAGCGGAGCUAAAGGCCCGCCACGUCGCGGCCACUGAAACGGUGAAUAGUCUUAGAGAACGCUUGAAGCAGAAGCGCCUUCUGUUGCUCGACACUGAUGUUGCCGGAUAUGCGAGGGCGCAGGGGAAGUCUCAGGUAAGCUUUGGGGCCACCGAUCUGGUGUGCUGCAGGACGCUUCAGGGACAUACUGGCAAGGUGUAUUCAUUGGAUUGGACUCCUGAAAAGAAUCGAAUUGUCAGUGCAUCUCAAGAUGGGCGGUUGAUAGUGUGGAAUGCCCUAACAAGCCAGAAAACUCAUGCCAUAAAGUUGCCUUGUGCAUGGGUUAUGACUUGUGCUUUCUCUCCAACUGGUCAGUCUGUUGCUUGUGGUGGUCUUGAUAGUGUGUGCUCUAUUUUCAACCUGAAUUCCCCAACCGAUAAGGAUGGGAACCUGCCAGUAUCAAAGAUGCUUAGUGGACACAAGGGUUAUGUUUCCUCCUGUCAGUAUGUGCCGGAUGAGGACACUCAUCUAAUUACAAGUUCUGGUGAUCAGACUUGUAUUUUGUGGGAUAUUACAACAGGCCUUAGAACUUCUGUGUUUGGAGGAGAGUUUCAGUCUGGACACACUGCUGAUGUGCUAAGUGUUUCUAUCAAUGGGUCAAACUCGAGAAUGUUUGUAUCUGGUUCGUGUGAUUCAACUGCCCGGUUGUGGGACACCCGUGUUGCAAGUCGAGCUGUGCGCACUUUUCAUGGGCAUGAGGGAGAUGUUAAUGCUGUGAAGUUCUUUCCAGAUGGCAAUAGAUUUGGAACGGGAUCAGAUGAUGGAACUUGCAGGUUGUUUGACAUUAGAACUGGACACCAACUCCAAGUAUACUAUCAACAGCGCAGUGACAAUGAAGUCCCACAUGUGACCUCUAUUGCAUUCUCCAUAUCAGGAAGACUUCUCUUUGCUGGAUAUUCAAAUGGUGAUUGCUAUGUUUGGGAUACUUUAUUAGCGCAGGUUGUUUUGAACUUGGGAUCUCUGCAGAACUCACAUGAGAGCCGGAUAAGCUGUUUGGGCUUGUCAGCAGAUGGAAGUGCCUUGUGUACAGGAAGUUAUGAUACAAACCUGAAGAUUUGGGCGUUUGGAGGCCAUAGGAAGGUGAUUUGAGAAGAAAGAAGUGUUUCUUUGCAAUUGCAGUUCUCUCUCAUGUAAGGGUCAUUGGUUCCUGCCACCUGCAGAAUGCCUUGUGCUUCCUGGGUAGAAUUUCAAUGUUUUCUCAGUAAGUUGAUGUGAAGAAACCAUAAUCUUGUACUAUUGCUUUGUUUCCAGUUAUCCUUAAUGUGAAAACAAACUGAGUUUUAUCCUUUGCCGGUUUAUUGUAACAGGAAAACUGGGUUCUUGA